CAUUCUUCUAUCAUCAUCUCAAUCAAGAAAACAUAAAGCUAAUUAACAAUAAGAAACCAAUAAACUCUAACGCUCUUCAAAGCAAAAAAAAACAUCAAUAAUGAAGCAAUCUCUUCUUCUAUCCUUCGUGUUACUACUACUCUCAUCAUCAUCACUCGUGACACCAAUCCAUGCACGUAACAAAUCAAAUCCGGCAAAGUCUCCUGUUGGUGCUCCAGCACCAGGACCAUCAAGUUCCGAUUGUUCUACAGUAAUAUAUAGCAUGAUGGAUUGUCUCGGGUACCUUGGUGUCGGAUCAAACGAAACUAAGCCAGAGAAAUCGUGUUGUACUGGAAUAGAAACUGUUUUACAAUAUAACCCACAAUGUAUUUGUGCUGGUUUGGUUAGUGCUGGCGAAAUGGGAAUUGAACUGAAUAGCACAAGAGCUCUUGCAACACCUAAGGCUUGCAAACUCUCCAUUGCUCCUCCUCAUUGUGGUAUAAUAACUUCAGGCGCUACGACACCAGGUGCAUCUCCUGUUUCCCCAUCGGCUGGAGCACCUACGACUUCACCAUCUGCAGCCAAGUCACCGGAAACUUCGGCAACUUCGCCAUCUUCGGAUGAGACACCGUCAAUGACUGCACCUUCUCCUUCAUCUUCUGGCACAAACAUCCUCUCAGUUCCUGCACUCACCAUUGUUUUCGUUAUUGUUUCUUCUGUCGCUUACAUUUCGGCCUUUUCUAAUUAACCACAGCUUUUACUUUUAUUUUCUUUGUUUUUGAUCUAUGAAUUGAAUUCUACAUUGUUAUGGUUGUGAUUUGGAAGACAUGUUAUGUUUUUUUGUUGCUUUUAAUCAUGCAACCGUAAUACAAUGUGAAAUAUGCGCUGGGCUGCUUAAUUUGAUAAGAAUAUAAGAAAUGGGACUUAUUACUUUAAAAAAUAUCUACAAGAUAUAAAAUUAAAUAUUA